UUGCCGCGCGGGGCGCCUGUGGGCCCGGGCAGUUCCCGGAGGUAAUGACGGAGGAGGGGGAGUCCACCAGGAGGGGCGCCGGGGAUGUGUUUACCGGAGAUCGUCGAGCAGAAGGCCAGAUAACGCACUGUUGUUCGAGACGGCCCGUCCUCCGGGUUCGACGAGCAGUGCGUGAAGAAGAGGGCCACGUGACAGCCUCGUGUCGCCGCCAGGUCGCUGGUGCUGCCGCGAGGAGCUGCGCUCAGCUGACGGCCUCCUGCUCCGUGGCUGCUUCCCACUGCUAGCACAGAAGCGGACGAAGCGGACGAAGCGGACGAAGCGGACGAAGCGGACGAAGUGGACGAAGCGGAAGCGUGCGAGCUCAGAUCGCGGGGAUGUGGAACACGACGGGCGCGGAGCCGCUCUACUUCGGGUGGCUGGACCACUGCGUGUUCGGCUUCAUGCUCCUGCUGUCCACCAUCAUCGGCAUGGUGAUCGCCUGCCUCGGCAAGCAGGACACCAAGCUGGACUACCUGCUGGGCGGCAAGACCAUGAGCACCUUCCCCAUCGCCAUGUCGCUGAUAUUCAGCCAUGUUUCUGGAAUAUCUCUGAUGGGCGUCCCUUCUGAAAUAUACACGUACGGCACCCAGUAUUACAUCGUCAACCUGGCCAUUAUCAUCACAGGGGUUCUCAACUAUUACAUCUACCUGCCGGUGUUUUUCGAUCUGCAGCUCACGUCAACUUACGAGUACCUUGAACUGAGGUUCAACCAGCACGUGCGUGUCAUGGCUUCGCUGUUGUUCACCAUCUCCGUUAUCCUUUACAUUCCGAUCGUUAUCUACGUGCCGGCGCUGGCCUUCAACCAAGUCACAGGCAUCAAUCUUCACUUCAUAACACCUAUUGUCUGCAUGGUUUGCAUUCUUUAUACAAUGUUGGGGGGCAUUAAGGCUGUAGUGUGGACCGACUUCCUCCAGUCCUUUGUCACGAUGGGCUCCGUGUUCGCUGUGAUCGUGAUCGGUCUGAUUGACGUGGGAGGGUUCUCCGUCGUGUGGGAGCGAAACAAGCAAGGAGGCAGGCUGGAGUUGUUCAACAUGGAUCCGAGUUUACUCGCCCGCAACACCUUCUGGACAGUCACGCUAGGAAGUACUUUUGGAUCUCUGUCAUCACUGUGCGUCAACCAAGGAAUGGUUCAGAAGUUUAUUGCUUUGCCAGACUUUAGGCGAGCGAGAAGCUCGCUGGUUAUCUUCACCGUUGGGAUGACGAUAGUGAAGACAAUUGUAGUGUUUGUCGGCCUCAUCAUGUUUGCUGCAUAUUAUGACUGCGAUCCAUUUACAACCAAGAAAAUCCUAAAAGCCGAUCAAAUCGUUCCAUACUACGUAAUGGAUACCUCAGCUGAUUUACCUGGACUGCCAGGACUUUUUGUAGCUGGAAUAUUUAGCGCUGCCUUGAGUACCAUGUCCAGCAACCUAAACUGCCUCUCUGGCACGAUUUAUGAAGACUUCAUUCUACCUUUUAUCAGAGGAAACAAAGUAUGGGAAGACAGAGCUCAUAUUAUAAUGAAGAUAAUCGUGUUCUUGUUUGGUCUUCUUUGCAUAGUAAUGGUAUUCAUCGUGGAGCAAAUGGGUGGAGUUUACCAGCUCUCCGUGAGCCUCAGUGGCGUCACUGUAGGCGUAUUCCUUGGGCUGUUCACUCUUGGAAUGUUUUUCCCAUGGGCCAAUUUCAAGGGUGCGCUGGCGGGGACAGUCGUGGGACUGCUGUUCAUGGGGUGGAUGGUGUUCGGCGCCCAGCACACCAACGCCAUUGGCAUCGACACGUUCCCCUACCUGCCCCUCUCCACGGAGGGCUGCGAGACCAACGCCACGUUCACAACCACUCCCUGGAGCCCCAUGUCGACGCCUCACCCACGUUACGAAGACUCGCAGUCCGAGGAGGUGUUCUUGCUGUACCGGGUGUCGUACAUGCUGUACAGCGUGGUGGGCACACUGGUGGUGUUGGUGGUGGGCAUGGUGGUCAGCUGGGCCACCGGCUUCACGGACACGCGCCACCUUGACCCGCGCCUCAUCGUGCCCAUCAUGAAGCGCUUCGCCGGUCCGCCCGUACGCCCGCACGAGAAGCAGAAGCUAUACGCAGGCCCCGUAUGAAGAUCUCUACCUCUCCUCCAGCCGUCACUUUACACCUCCCUGUCGUGCCACAUAAUCAUGAGGUUUGGCCUGCGGUUUAUCUUGUAUUUCAUAUAAAGCAGCUUGCACAGCAAGUGUACCCGCAAGAGAAGCAGAAGAUCUACGCUGGCCCCGAAUAAACAUCACUACCUCUCCUCCCGCCGUCACUUUACACCUCCCAAUAAUGCCACAUAAUGAUGAGGUUUGGCCUGCGGUACAUCUUGUAUUUCAUAUAAAGCAGCUUGCACAACAAGUGUACCCGCAAGAGAAGCAGAAGCUCUACGCUGGCCCCGUAUGGAUAUCCCUACCUCUCCUCCAGCCGUCACUUUACACCUCCCUAUCGUGCCACAUAAUCAUGAGUUUUGGCCUGCGGUACAUACUGUCUUUCAUAUAAAGCUGUUUGCACAACAAGUGUACCCGCAAGAGAAGCAGAAGAUCUACGGUGGCCACGUAUAAAAAUCACUACCUCUCCCCCAGCCGUCACUUUACAACUCCCUAUAAUGUCACAUAUUCAUAGGGUUGGGCCUGCCGUACACUCUCUUUCAUAUAAUGCUGCUUGCACAUCAAGUGGACCAGCAAGAGAAGCAGAAGAUCAACGCCAGCCCUAUUUGAUGUUUGAUGCUCAACCUCCUCCCUUCAUUCUCCGCAAGAAAACAAUUAUUAACUUACCUUUCGCUUGUCACGUUAGCUGACUAUAUUUUUACCCAGUCUUUUGGAUUUUAUCUGAGACUAAAAUAUAGUUUCAAUUCGCAAAGAGUAAAAUAAAUAAAAUUUUUUUAACUUAUUUUUUGUAUUCGUUUUAUCUUAACUGCGGAGAUACCGAAAAUGUAUGUUACAAACCUUAUUAUAUGUUUAAAUAUUAUUGCCAUGUGAGUUCCAGCUAGUUUGCUGCUGUACUUAUAUCAACAGAAACGGGCACCAACGACAAAUUAAUUUUGAUUUCAAAAUAUCUUCCGCAGUCCAACAAAUACGUGUAAAAGAUAUUUACGAUCAAUAUCUUAUGUGCCUAGAACAGAUAAGGUUUUUAAUUAACACUUAUUAAUGCCACAUAAUUGUACAGAAAAGCUGUGACGACUCAUUAGAUGUGACCAAUUUCCCCUUCCAUCCUGUAUUUUUACAUUACUCUUUAUAGUACUUAGGUAAAUAAGUGUUUUCUUGGUGUCAGUGGAGUGGUGACCAAAUGAAAUUUGGAGAUUUAUCUCGACUGACUUGCAUUUAAUGCGAAAUCUCUGAGUGGUUGUUCAACUGGAAUAUGGUUUAGAGACAGAAUUUUCGUAAGAAAAGUAUGAGAUUUUAUAUUUUGUAUUACGCAGUUUCAUACCUGCAGUGCGAUUAAAGAUUAAAUUUUUAUGUUUGGAUAAAAAAUCCUAAAGAACAACUGGGAAAUGAACUAGAAAUGUGAAGUGUAAAGGUUUUGCUACAUUUUUCAUUUUGAAGCAUUAAUAGAAUAUUAAUUAAGCAUUUAUAAAAAGAAUAAUUCAUGUAAGUAAUACUUUUAGUUUCCUUCGUUUAUAAUAUUAUGAUUUUUUCUAAUCUUUUCGGCAGUCGUGCCUUAUAUCAUAGUGGAAAUUCUUUUUACUGUAUUUUAAGUCUAGUCAUAGGUUUAUCUACAUUUACAUUCACAGAGAGAUAGAGAGAGACAGAGCGAGCGAGAAAGAGUUAAGGAUAGCUAAACAGAUAAUAUAAUUUUUGUGCAUAUAGUUUUCAGAACUAUUUCAUUUUAUUCAAAUUUGUAAUAUAAAACAAUGCUUUGCUUGACCUAUAAGAGUGAAUUGAAACUCUUGAGCUGGGCAGCUAUAAUGUGUUACAAGGUGCAGUGUUCCAUGAAGAUGUUUUAAACUGUAAAUAAGCUUAAUAAAAUUUUCGGUAUUUGUAA